CCCACAGUCCAAUUGGAGGGGCGUUGAGUGUUAGGAAGUGGCUGGCCAAUGAGGUCGAAUAAAGAUCUGCGGCGGUUAGAUUUGAAUAUGGACGGUGGAGAAGAAGGUGAUUGAACAGAACCGGGAGUUUUGGAUUCCGGGUGAAUAAUUGCGAGUCUACAGUCUUGGGGUGACGUAGCCACGCAUUGCUGCUGGUGCUACAAAGAACCAUGUCUGCGGAUGGGAAUGAGUGGGAGCUGAGCAAGGAGAAUGUGCAACCUCUAAGACAAGGAAGAGUCAUGGCUACCUUGCAGGAAGCUCUAGCACAGCAGGACGUUUCCAGCCACGCUGCCAUCCAGCAGCAAAAACGGGAAUUUGAAUCUGAAAUUCGCUUUUACUCUGGUGAUGACCCACUGGAUGUCUGGGACAGGUAUAUCAAAUGGACAGAGCAAACCUUUCCACGAGGUGGUAAAGAGAGCAACCUCACUGCUGUGCUGGAGAGAGCUGUUAAAGCCCUACAUGAGCAGCACAGAUAUUACCAAGACCCCCGCUACCUCAGCCUCUGGCUUAAAUUUGGGAACUGCUGCACUGAGCCUCUGGAUGUGUACAGCUAUCUACACAGCCAGGAGAUUGGCAUCUCACUGGCACAACUCUACAUCACAUGGGCAGAGGAACUUGAGGCUAGAGGAAACUACAAGAAAGCUGACUCCAUAUUCCAGGAUGGGCUUCUGUGCAAAGCGGAGCCACUGGAUAAACUACUGACUCAUCACAGGCAAUUCCAGGCACGUGUGUCUCGACGGGCAUUAAAAGAGCUAGAGGAAGACUGUGAUGUUGAAGAGGAGUUGGGAUUUCCUGCUUCUGAAUCCCAAAGAGCCACACUGGCAGAACUGAAAGGAAGGGGAAAGAAAACAGUGAAAGCUCCAGUCAAUCGUGUAGGAAGUGCUGUGAAGUUCCCACAUCAAGGGCAGAGACUCCAGAAUCCAGGACUUCGCCAAGUGUCAAAUUGCCCAAGCUUUGCUGUAUUUAAUGAAAAUAGAGCUGUGGCUUCUAGAGCUGAGCCUCCAGCACUUGUACCUCAGCCAUGGGCUGCACCUCCAGCAGUAAAGGCCAAGGAGAAUGAGAUACAGGCAGGCCCUUGGAACCUUGGCAGGCGUUCUCAAAACAAUGUAAACACUAGUACUGUGGCUCCUGCUGUAGUUCCCAAUUUCACUCCAUAUGUUGAAGAGUCUGCCCAGCAACAAGUCAUGACUCCCUGUAAAAUAGAGUCUAGCAUAAAUUGUGUGUUAAGUGCCCGAAAGCCUGUCAAGGAGGAGGAUCCACUGCAUCGUGUGCAAAGCCUUCAGCAAGAUGUUCAGGAAAAAGAACAGUCAAUGUACUGUAAAGAAAAAGUGUAUGCUGGAGUGGAGGAGUUUUCCUUGGAGGAGAUCAGAGCUGAAAUCUACAGAAAGAAAAUAAGAAAAGAAAGGGAAGAAGAAUUACAGGCUAUAGCACAGAAGAAAGCUGAGUUACAAAAGAAGAUUGAUGAGAUGGAAAGGAUGGUGAAAGAGCAGCAAGCUAGCCAUGAGAAGAAGUCAUAUACACAGUUACUACAGCAAACAGAGGAACAAAAGUCUGACACAGCAGAGGUUUUGAAGCCCACUAUAAUCCAAAGACAACUCUCUCUUGCAGAUACUCCAGCAUUUGUUGAAAGAUCUCUUUCAGAUUGUUUUUCCUUGAAAAGCAGACUUGAACUGGAUGAGAAUAUUCAGCACAAAACAUCAAGCUCCAGUGAUUGUGAGAUCCCUUCCACAACUAAUCUUGCUACACCAUUCUCCAUAUAUGAUGAGUCAUUUGCUUUAGAAACUGAGAAUGCCAGUCUCUCUACUGACCCUCCUCCAUCAGUGCGUACCAGACGUCCACUUGCUGUUCGCAAACCUUCAGAAAGUGUUGCUGCCAAGGAAAACAUACCUCCUGAAAACUUGGAUGAGAUGCAUGGAAUUGAACCCUUGAGUGAAGAUCCUAUUGUCACAGGCUCAUAUAAGAACAAAACCCUCCGCCCCAACCCUGAGGAUACUUGUGACUUUGUUAGGGCUGCCUAUCUGGCAUCAACCCCUUUCCAUGGGGUAAUAGAGCAGCUUGAUGGCAGACCAAAGGAAGAGUGUUCUGAAUCUAAGACUCUCUCUCUGAGCCAACAAACAAUUGUUAAUGAGGAUCAGUAUGCUGAGGCCCUCUAUGUGAAAAAACUAAGCCCAAUUAUGGAGACAAGUCUGGAAGAUGUUGGAUCUUCUGCAUCUUCAGGGUCCCCUACACACAUUUCCACCAUUAAGUUUCAGCAAAUCUCAGAGAAGCUGGAGUUGGCUCAGAGUUCCACUGAUGAAAUUGCCAGUGACAUCGAAAACUCAUCCAAUGGCUCUCCUGAUGGAAUGUGGAAUACAAAACAACACAAACAGCUCUUGGAUCCUCUUCCAGAUUUGAUUACAAUGUCUCCCAGCUUUAAAUUGGAUGCUCGGCCUAUGCCUUGGAUAGAAUUAGAAAAAGAAGUUGAUCUAGGAAAUGACACUUACUAUAUCACUCGUGAAUAUUUGAUCAGCAAGGAUGACAAGAUGUUCUUGGCUGUAUCGGCUCACUUUGCAUAUGAGACCUCAAAAGCAUUUUUAGUAAAGGUGCACUCUCAGCCUGUGCCAUGGGAUUUUUACAUCCUGCUGCAACUACAAGAGCGUUUAGAUAUGGAUUUUGAUCAGAGUUUUAGUGAAAACUGUGCUUGUUUCUUAUACCACAAUGGCUGUGUGACUCUACAUAAGGAGCUAAACUGCUUUACUCUCCAGGAUCUGAUCCAGCAUUGUAAAACUAUCCCUCAAGAAGUACUCAUGCUGACUGUUUACCAUCUCCUGGAGGCAGUGGAGAAAUUGCAUAAAGCAGAGAUUGUCCAUGGAAAUCUGCGGCCUCAAACAUUAUUCUUGGGAGACAGAAUCUGUGAUUCCUUUGCCAACGCUGAAACUUCUAGUGCGCUGAAGAUAGUGGAUUUCUCUCACAGUCUAGACCUGAAGCUACAGUCAAGAAUCUAUUCCCUGAAAAGCUUACCUAUAGCUCAGACCCAGAGUGGGCAGCAGAUCCUUGAUGAAAAAUCUCUUCCUUACCAGGUGGACUUGAUUGGCAUUGCAGACACAGUUCAUCUGCUACUGUUUGGGGAACACUUACAAGUUCAUCAGGAAAAAGGCUACUGGAAGACUGACAAAGACUUGUCCCAGUCUGUUGACAGUGAUUUGUGGAGUAAAUUCUUCAAGAGACUCCUGAAUACAAAUGAUAAGUCUACAGUCCCUCUGCUGAGAGAGCUGAGAGAGGAACUGAGUGGCACAUUUGACAGCUCUUUCCCAGAUCGCCUCCGUGAUUCCUUGUCAACACUGGAAGAUAUUUUAAACAUGAAGGAUAUCUUCUGACGUACAGCGAAUAGUCUUCCACAGUUUUCUAGUGCUUUUGCCUCCCUACCCCUAACCCCCAAGGCAAGUUAGAGAUCAUGCUUAAUCUUUUUUCACUGCUCCAUGUAUAAAGAGUUGGAAGUAUUUUCACAAUUAUUUAUUUGUGACUUAUUAAAAGAAUGCUCUUUGACUUAACUACAUGCAAAUUGAUCUAUUCUUUGGCAAGCUUCACUCUAAUGUUAAAUCCUCUUCCUGCUUCUUCAGCUGCUGAAUCACUCACUUUGUGAUACUUUGAGUUCUUUAUCCUUAUGGUGUCCAUCCAUAGCCUAUUCUGUCCACUCCUUUUAAUCACUGUUCAAUAAAACUGUUUUGUAACCA